AUGGCUACGCUAGCUUGCCCUAAGGCGUCUAUCGCCUUCGCUGCUCGCACCAAUGCCGCUUCUCGACCAGCGGCAUCUGCGGCGGUUUCUGCGGCUCCCGUGAGCAGCAGAAGCGCUCGCCUUCCCGGAUCCCUCUCCGCUUCCGCCGCCGCCGCUGCCGCUGCGUGCUCCGGCAAAGAGCUCUUCUCCACUCCUGUAGUGCACUCACGCGGCGGCGCAAGUCGCGCCGUCUCUCGCGGCGCUGUUCGGGUGGACGCCAGCGUGGCGCGGCGCAAGGUGCUGAUCGUUAACACUAACGGCGGAGGCCACGCGGUGAUUGGCUUCGCGCUGGCCCGUCAGUUAGCGACUGCCGGCCACUCGGUGACGAUCAUGACCGUUGGCGAUCGCAACUCCGACAAGAUGAAGAAGCUGCCGUUCUCGCGCUUCUCGGAACUCCGCGCGGAGGGCGUGCGCACGGAGUGGGGCGACCCGGCGCGGCUGUCCGCCGUGUUCGGCGCGACCGGGGGCUUCGACGUGGUGCUGGACAACAACGGCAAGGACCUCGAUACCGUCAAGCCCGUGGCGGACUGGGCGAGCGCGGCGGGCGUGCGGCAGUUCCUGUUCAUCAGCAGCGCGGGCAUCUACACGCCCUCCUCAGAGCCCCCUCACGUCGAAGGGGACGCAGUGAAGGAGAGCUCAGGGCAUGCACAGGUGGAGAAGUACCUGGCGGGCAAGGCGUGGGGCGACGGGUGGGCGGCGUUCCGCCCGCAGUACAUCACGGGGUCGGGCAACAACAAGGACUGCGAGGAGUGGUUCUUCGACCGCAUCGUGAGGGGGCGACCGGUGCCGAUCCCAUCGCCGGGCAUCCAGCUGACGGUGGUGGCGCACGUGGACGACAUAGCGCGCAUGAUUGCCCUCGCCAUUGACUACCCGCAGGACGCCAAGGGCCAGAUCUUCAACGCUGUGGGCGGCAGAGCGGUGACGUUUGACGGGCUCGCUCGCAUGUGCGCCAAUGCUGCUGGCCGCGCCUCAUCGCUCAAGAUCGUGCAUUAUGAUCCCAAGGCCGCUGGGGUAGAUGCCAAGAAGGCGUUUCCCUUCAGGAACAUGGUUCUUAAAUAUGGAAAACUGCUCUUUCUAGCCCCUGUUUCACCUUACUCCCUCGUCCUCCUACAUUCGUCCUCCCUGCACUCGCAGCACUUCUAUUCGGAGCCCCGCAAUGCGCGGGAGAGGCUGGGCUUUAAGAGCUUCACGGAUCUGCAGACUGUUCUGAACCAGCGGUACAUUGACUACGUGGCGGCUGGGAGGGACAAGAAGGACGCCAAGUUUGAGGUGGAUGAUAAGAUCCUAGCUUCCAAGUAG